CCUGGCUCAGAACCACUGCAGGUCAACAUUUUGAUAAGUGGAGGUUCAAUCGUCAACGCUGAGGCGGUAUGGGACCAUGUGACCAUGGCGGACCGGGAGUUGGCGUUUAAGGCCGGUGACGUCAUCAAGGUGCUGGACGCCUCCAACAAGGACUGGUGGUGGGGCCAGAUUGAUGAGGAGGAAGGAUGGUUCCCUGCCAGCUUUGUACGGGUGGAACCCCACCCUCCUCAGCCCCAAACAAAACAGGUUUUCUAUAUCAACCCCAUAGCAACUCCACGGUUCCAAAACACCACGUCAAAGCUGUGGGUGAACCAAGAGGAUGGGGCAGCGGAGCCAGCAGAGGGGACCAGCGAGGUGCAGAACGGGCACCUGGACCCGACCAAUGACUGCUUGUGUCUGGGUUCGCCCCUUCAGAACCGAGACCAGAUGAGAGCUAACGUCAUCAAUGAGAUCAUGAGCACAGAGAGACACUACAUCAAACACCUCAAGGACAUCUGUGAGGGCUACCUGCGCCAGUGCAGGAAGCGUGUGGACAUGUUCAAUGAUGAUCAGCUGAAGGUCAUUUUUGGAAACAUCGAGGACAUCUACCGCUUCCAGAUGGGCUUCGUUAGAGACUUGGAGAAACAGUACAACACAGAGGAGCCCCACCUCUCUGAAAUCGGACCAUGCUUUUUAGAACAUCAAGAUGGUUUCUGGAUCUAUUCGGAAUACUGUAACAACCACUUGGAUGCCUGUAUGGAGCUGAGCAAGCUGAUGAGGGAUGGCAGGUACCAGCACUUCUUCGAGGCCUGUCGCCUCCUCCAGCAAAUGAUUGACAUCGCCAUAGACGGCUUCCUGCUCACCCCUGUCCAGAAAAUCUGCAAAUAUCCACUCCAGCUGGCUGAGCUUCUCAAAUACACCGCGCAGGAGCACAGUGACUAUCGAUACGUGGCAGCAGCCCUGGCAGUAAUGCGGAACGUCACCCAGCAGAUCAACGAGAGGAAGAGGAGGCUGGAAAACAUCGACAAGAUCGCCCAGUGGCAAGCCUCCGUUCUGGACUGGGAGGGGGAUGAUAUCUUGGACAGAAGCUCGGAGCUCAUCUACACUGGGGAGUUGUCAUGGAUCUAUCAGCCGUAUGGACGCAGCCAGCAGCGAGUUUUCUUCCUCUUUGAUCACCAGCUGGUCCUCUGUAAGAAGGAUCUGAUACGCAGGGACAUCCUGUACUAUAAAGGCCGUAUCGACAUGGAUCGCUACGAGGUGCGGGACGCCAUUGACGGGCGUGACGAUGACUUCAACGUAAGUGUGAAGAACGCUUUCAAAUUGUGCAACAAAGACAGCGAGGAGAUCCACAUCUUCCUGGCCAAGAAGCCGGAGGAGAAGAUCCGCUGGCUCAGGGCCUUCCACGAGGAGAGGAAGAUGGUGCAAGAGGAUGAGAAAAUCGGUUUUGAGAUCUCUGAGUACCAGAAGCGGCAGGCAGCCAUGACAGUGAGAAAGGUGACCAAACAGAAAGGUGUAAACAGGUGCACGCCCCCCUCAUACCCGCCCCCCCAGGACCCCCUCAGUGCGGGGCAGUAUGAGGUAACGGAGGACAUGGCACAAGGAGAGGUUUUUGAAUUCAGUCAAUCCAAAAGAGGCCAGGCUCCUUUCUGGCAGAAUUUUAGUAGAUUAGCUCCAUUUAAGAAAUAGAGAUACACAGACUCUUCUGAAGGACCAGCUAUUUUUCUUAGAAGCACUAAACACUGGAUGAUCAUGUCCCAUGAUGAAGAAAAUACGAAAAACACACAUACACAAGAGACUUCAAAGUUAAGGACCAAUGUUAAAUUUAGAGUGUGAUUGGAAGCAGCAAGAGGACUGAAGACUUGGAUUUCAAAAAAAAAAGAGGAAAAAAAAAAGAAACUUUACAAUUCAUAUAUGUUAGUAACGUUCUUAGUUAUCAUGCUUCUCCAGCCGAGUCAACCGUCAUGAACUCUUUCCCUCGGAUUCUGCAUAAUCACACCAUCUGAAUGUCCUGGAGUUCAUUAAGAUUGUUGUAUUAUUUCAUUUUGAAUCCAUCAUCCAGAGACAAACACAA